AUCCGUGAUCUCCCGGGUCCCAGCCUGGAGCUGCUCCCCGCGGGGACGGUUUUGGGGCUCCUCGUGGACGGCUCCGCGCGGCUUCACCUCUUCAUCAACGGCCGCGACCAGGGCGCCGUGGCCGGGGGGGUGCCCAGCCCCUGCUACGUCCUGCUGGACCUCUACGGGCAGUGCCAGCAGGUGACGAUCGUGGACGGGGGGGGCUCCCCCAGCGGGGACCCCCGGAGCCGGGGGGACGUGGAGAAAGCCGACGUGGUGGACGGUGAGGGGGGACCCCCAAACUGGGGAGGGGCUGGGGGGAGCACCCCAAAAUUUGGGGGGG